GAAUGCUAUUCUCCCCUCUCCCGCUCAAACAAAAAAGUUUCUUUGCAACCAGAAUGGUUCUUCUACCUCAUCUUCCUAGCCGCUUCUCUUCGUUACUGCUAUUAGGGCUUCUUACGAGUUGUUUUCAGAUAAUUUUCUUUUUUUAGGCAUGGAUGGACAAUUGGACAAUAAUGAGUGUUUGAUUGAUCGUGUUCAACAGUUGGAACGUGAGCGUGAUCAACUGCGCAAAGAUAUUGAGCAACUGUGCUUGCAGCAAGCUGGCCCUAGUUAUCUUGUUGUCGCUACUCGAAUGCAUUUUCAAAGGACAGCUGGCUUGGAGCAGGAGAUCGAGAGCUUGAAAAGUAAAUUAUCUGCAUGUACAAGAGAGAAUCUGAAUCUUCAGGAGGAGCUUUCUGAAGCAUAUCGCAUUAAAAGCCAGUUGGCAGAUUUACAUAGUGUUGAGGUCUCAAAGAAUAUGGAAGCUGAAAAGCAGGUUAAAUAUUUCCAAGGUUGUGUCGCUGCUGCGUUUGCUGAACGGGAUAAUUCAAUAAUGGAGGCUGAGAAAGCGAAAGAAAAGGAAGAGAUCGUGUCAAUGAAAUUGAAUGAUUUUCAAAAAAGACUAGAAGAGCUUACAGCAGAUACCCUUGUAGAAAAGGAGCUUCUUACUACAGUUCAAAUUGAUUCGGCGAAACUAAAAGAACAGAAUGAAACAUUGUUGAAGGUUGUGGAUAAGUUUUAUGAGAUCCGACGAAGCACUCUCGGGGGAUCUAAGCAUUAUGACUGGAAUGAUAAAUGUGCAUGUCUUUUAGAAGAUUCUGCAGAAAUGUGGAGAUUUGAUGCCGAUAGUGAGACAUCUACUUCCAAAUACAUUGGCUCUUUGGAGGAGGAGCUGGAGACAUUACGAAACUCUGUGAAUCAUCUUCAAAACAAGCUCCUGGUGGGAUUGGAGAUUGAAAACCAUUUAAAGAAGAAAGUUUCUGAGUUGGAAAAGAAGAGGAUUCUUUCAGAUGAUAUGACGAGGAACAGGAUAUCAGAGUUGCAUAAGUUCCAUACUCAGCUUAAAUGUGAGGUAAUGGAUUUACUUGAGGAAGGAAAAGCUCAGGUUAAAUCAAUACUUGAUGUUGUUGAAGAAAAUAAGGGACAGUUUCAUAUCACUAAGUCACAAAAUUUUGAGCCCCUUCUGAGAGAUGAAAAGUUCAAUGACAUUGAAUGUCGAGAUGUUCAUAUAACCACUGAUGCUGGACAGAGUUCGAUAUCUGAGAAAAAACGCCCUUUUCCUCCAAACACUGUGGCCCAUGGUGACACCGCUGAUGCUCUUGUACAGGCGUUGCAAGAGAAGGUCGCUGCACUGUUGCUUCUCUCUCAGCAGGACGAAAGGCAUUUAUUGGAGAAGAAUGUAAAUGCAGCUCUUCAGAGAAAGAUAGAAGAAUUGCAGAGAAACUUAUUGCAAGUAACCAAUGAAAAGGUCAAGGCUCUUAUGGAAUUGGCACAAUUAAAGCAAGAAUAUCAACUAUUCCAAGAGAAUGCUAAUCAGGGAAUCAAACGACGAAAUCUUUUGGCUGACCUUGGUGAUAACAUUGUUGCUGCUCACGAUAGAGAUGGGAAAUUGAAAAACUUGCUUAAGAAAACAUAUCUAAGGCGUUGGAUUGGUCGACUAGAUGACAACGAUGGUCGCAUGAAUGAAAAUGACUUCACUAAUAAAAAAUCCAACCAUGCAGUGGAUUUUGCAAGGAUGAAGGUAGAAAAUGCUAGCCUGAAAGAGAGCAUUGAAAGUAUGGACCAUUUGACGUCUACGAUUCGCAGGCUCCGCCUAUCUCUUUUGAAGGCUAAAGAGUCCACAGCAUCCCAAGGGCUUUUUACUUGUAUAGAUGAGACUCUGGAUGAUAUUAUUGGCGAGGCAAAACUUGUGAAGACUGCUCUUGGUAGUUCUCUUCCAGUUAGCUGGUCAGAGGCAGAUCCUGGAUCAUUUGAUGGAAGCAUUAUGGAUGAGCCAAACGAUGGCUGUGAGGAAAUUGUUGACAAGGUAGACUCUGUUUCUGCUGCGGGAUUUGAGAUGGUGGAGCUCGUGAUACUAGCAUGUCAGAUCGUGAAGGAGAAUAAGAAGGACAAGCGUUCCAGAGAUGAAAGCUGAUUUGAACUCUAGACAGUUUUCCUGGCGUUGAAGUGGCUGCCCAUGGGACCUUGUAUAUGUAACAUUGUAUAGAUGUUAAAUUAUAGUUAUUUUCCAACGGUAU